AUGAAGAUCCCAGAUUAUGCCAAUGAUGAUGAGAGCCCAGAGAAAGUUUGCAACUGCUCAGCAAUCCUGCAGGGAGAGAAGGAAGCAUUGCAGCAAGCCAAAUUAUUGACCAUCAGCAAAGACUUCCAGAAGAGUAUUCAGAUUCCUGAUGAGUAUUAUAUCGAUGCAACCCAAGACUGCAGGAAAUUCCAAAUAAACAGGAAAUACAUAACAUUCCCGUUAAGCAAGGAAGAAGAGGACUUUCCUCUGGCUUACUCUAUGGUUGUCCAUCACAAGGUGCAGAACUUUGAGCGACUACUGCGAGCUAUCUACGCACCUCAAAAUAUUUAUUGUGUCCAUGUGGACAAAAAAGCACCGGCCUCAGUCUUUGCUGCCAUCAAGGCCAUUACUUCCUGUUUCCCAAAUGUGUUCAUGGUCAGUGAGGCUGUGAAUGUGGUCUACGCUGGAUGGACACGUGUACAGGCUGAUCUUAACUGCAUGGCUGAUCUCUAUAACACCAGUACGACAUGGAAAUACUUCAUCAACCUCUGUGGUCAGGAUUUCCCUCUAAAAACUAAUUUGGAAAUUGUGCAAGCUUUGCGUUCACUUAAAGGAGGUAAUAGUUUGGAGUCAGAGGAAAUGCCUCAAGGAAAGAAGGGAAGAGUAACUAAUGCUCACCAAGUAGUUGAUGGACAAAUCCAGCGAACAGGAAAAACAAAGGAUCCAGCUCCCUUUAAUCUGCCCAUACUUUCAGGAAAUGCCUACAUUGUGGUCAACCGAGGCUACAUUCGCAGUGUGUUGGAAGAUGAGCAAAUACAGGCCCUCAUUGAGUGGGCCAAAGACACCUACAGUCCUGAUGAGUUUCUGUGGGCAACAAUACAACGAAUGCCUGGUGUUCCGGGCUCAACGUGGCCCAACCGUAAAUUCGACGUUACUGACAUGAAUGCAAUUGCACGGCUCGUAAAGUGGCAUUGGCAUGAGGGGUCAGAGGGUUCCUUGCAAGCAGUGUACCCAGAGUGUAAAGGCCACCACGUCAGAUCAAUAUGUGUGUAUGGUGCUGGAGACCUGCAGUGGUUGAUUGAACAGCAUCACCUUUUUGCCAAUAAGUUUGAUGCAGACAGAGAUCCCAUUGCUGUCUACUGCUUGGAGAAAUAUCUGAGACACAAAGCACUGACUGAGUGAGUUUAGGUGAAGUGUUUAUUAUCUAUUAUAAAAUAAUAUUAAAAAACUAUAAACCUAACCUAAUUAUAAACAGGUUCUUUCAAUGUUAAUUUUAAAUUAAAAUGCCAUUAGGUAUAUUUAUAUAUAAGCAGACUAUCAUUGCCAUUUUACCAUGGCAUGUGAAAGGUUCAUAACCCAAAUCCUCAAAAACUAAUUUAAGCAUUCCACUUGAGAAAAUAUUUUAAUCCAUUUAGUUUAUUAGUCCUAUUCAACAUUAUUUAGGUUUUGGCUGUGAUUAUAGUUAAGGGAAAAACACAAAGAAAAUUGGCAAGAAAGUUGAUUGCAGUCUAUGUAGAAAAAAAGGCUGGGUGAAUUAUUUAAUUUCCAGAAAAACUACAGCCCUAAACAUAAGCCUAACUCACCUCAGUACAUGUGACCAAAAAUACUCUGAACUAUGUGCCUGUGUAGCUUGCAUAGAUACAAACAGGAAAUAUGUACAGUAUCGAGAUAUUCUGUUUAAUUACAUUCAGUUUUAUUUACAUAGCAUUACCACAACAGUUGCAAUAUUUGUAAGACAACCCCCUAUGAGCAAGCACUGGCAACACCAGGAAGGAAAAACUCCUUUUCAACAGGAAGAAAUAGAAACAGGCUUAGGGAGGCCCAGCCAUCUUCUGUGUCCUGUUAGCACAUUCUUUUGUUUGUGUGUGUGUGUGUGCGUGUGCGUGUGUGUGUCACAGUAAUUUUAAAGUAAAAGCAUGAAACAUUUUAGAAUUCAUCUAAAAAUCUUUGUACAAAAUCUUUGUACUGACUUUUAAAGCUCUGAAUCGUGACGCUCCUGCCUACAUUUCUGAUCUUUUAGAACAGCAGCUUAAGACUCAUUUAUUUAGACUGGCAUUUAACUAGAUUUGUGCUGUAUGUUCAAUUGUGCUGUGUUAUGUAUAUCUGUUUUAUAUUAUUCUCAAGCAUUUUGUGGUUUUUAUUCUUUGAAGUUUGCUAUAUAAACCAAUAAAGUAAUGAAAACUUCUGCUACAGAUGAACUCUGCUACUUAAUUCUCACAGUGAAACAAAGGGUGACAGCCUUGUAAAAACUUGAUAUAAAGAUUGACUGAGGUGCUAAAUGAGAUGGUGACAUAAUGUCAAUCCUUGCUGUAAAAGGAGCAACCACAUUGACCUUUGAAAACUAUUUCAAAGCCAGGCUGGCUGUUCUAUUGGCUGUUCUAGUGUUCAAAGUUUUUUUGUGUAUGUGAACUGUAUACAGGAUUUAAUACAUGUUGAAGCACCAAUGGAAAUAACAUGCUGAAUUCAAGUUUCAACUCGUUUUAGGACUACAU